AUGAGUGAAGGUGUCAGUGAUACAAACAUUGAUGAUAAUCAGUCAAAAAAUGAUGGCGAUAGUACUAAAACAAAGAGAAAAAAAUAUGAAGAUUACUUAGAAACUCAAUUAAAAGCUUAUAUUUUAAGGCUAAAAACGGAUGAUAUUUCAACUCACGUUGGUGUCGAGCCAAAUUCAAUUGAUCAUAAACAAUGGUCGACUUUUCUUAAAACAGUAAAAACAACUUCAGAAGAAUUAAAACGUAGAGCUGAAUUGACUUAUGUAGGUGUGUUAUUUAGUCAAACGUAUAAGGUGAUGCAAAAAUCGAAAGAAAGGAUAUUUAAAGAUGAUAAGGGUAAAAAGGAAUGGAUAAAGAUAAUUCUAACAAAUUCAAUCCCGGAUGAUACAUCUAAUACUCAAAUUGGCCGAAGCAAACAGGCUUAUGAACAUAUUACUGAUUUAAUAUCGAAAUUAGAAAGUCAGGGAAUUACGAUAGAGAUUUGGUAUCCUUUAUUAUACAAGGCUG